AUGGUAGUGAACAAGUCUCUCUACAGGUUGGUGCGGGAAGAUGCCGAGCAAAACGAGUUUGCGCUUGUGGAAAAGGUAUUUCUAGCUCUUUUCACCACUGUGCCCGGGAAAAGCAUCACCAGCGGCUUGAUCAAAGUGGCAAUGGGCCAGCAUGAAGAGGAUUGCUCGGACCUGAAAAGUUGCGACCCGUGCUGGCAAAAUUUGUACAAGUCAUGGCGGUCCAAUCGUCACAUUUUGGACCUCUUUCUCAACUGGAUGAUCAUGAUCGAAACCGAUGAGAUCGAUUUGAGCAAGUAUAACAGACCGACAUUCAAGAAUGCGUUGCGGUUUUUACUACUGGGAGCUGAUCCCGGGUUUACCGUACCGCUAUGGGACGAGAGCAAUCUUGUCGAAGAAUAUUUGCAGCACGCAUCGCCGCUGAUACAGAAACACUUGUUGGCGAUGAACGGCGAGCGCAUGGCCCAUAUCAUCAGCAAGUACCGCAGGUUGUACGAGUUCUGUGGUGUUUUCAGCGUGUUUGACGUGGACCCCCAAUUCCAGGACUAUUACGCGCUCAAAUGUCUUCCAAAUAGUGGAAUAGCGCUUCUCGAAAAGUACUGUACCGUUAUUCUGGAUUCGCGGACCAUGGACAAUGAUAUAAGGCCGUUUCUCAUGGAACAGUUCGAAGCCCUUUUCGCAGCUGGAAUCCUCCCCACUUCAAUGGUAUCCUCCACGGUCAUGUCAACAAUGACAGAUGCCGCUGCAUCCGCAUCCGCAUCCGCAUCCUCCUCCCAGUGCAUACUUCCCGAUAUAAAGCAUUGGCUUCCGAAAAAGGAGCCUCCCAAGAAACAACCCCUGGAAGGUCCGUUCCCAAUGUUUGAAGCACUGGGACUCGACCAAUUUAACACCCCAUUGAUGUUGCCCCAAUUCUCUCUCCUUAUCUCCUUCUCGCAUCCAAAAAACCAUCCACCACCAAACGACAAAAAUAUCAUAUCGUUGGACCUGUUGCACGAGAUGUACAUCGGUGCACUAUCCAAACACAUCUCAAAGCUAUCAAUUUGUUACCAGCCUAUCUGGAGAGACCUAGCGUGCUCAAACUUGGAAAUCAUAAUCACCCGUAUCCUUGUGUACCUAAAAUUGUGGGACUACGAACAAUUGCAAGAAAUAGAAAUUCGAACAGAAAGCGAUCCGGAAUCUUGCUUCGAAAACUUAUCCGAGUGGGUCCCCAACAAUAUCACUUACGCAGAUGUAGAAAUCUAUUACAUGGUUUUAGCAAUGUGCUUUUAUUCCCUUUACAAACUGAACUCAGACCAACUUCCAAAAUUGAAUCCCUCGUUGCCCUUAUUACUUCGCGCCUGGAAGUGUUUGACCACGAUUCUCAUGAUAGGAUUGGAACUUGAUAGAUAUCAAGAAUCACAGGUAAAUUACCGGACGCCAGUUGUGGUUCGCUCUAUAAUUCGUAGUGCAUCAGCAGUCAGAGCCCUAGUAGCUACAAUUCUUAACGGCCACAUGGAUAAAAGGGCACACGACUUCAAACAUGAACCAUUUAGCGCAUUUAUGUCCCCACAUGGAAGAAAAGUUUGUAACGGUGCACUUUUCACCUCCCAGUUGGCACUUUUCACCGCGCUAUGGCCCUUGAAUGACGAUUUUGAAGAAACCGUUGACCUUAUAAACGAAGUGCAAAGGGGAGACAGAAUCGACGAGGAUGUUAGGUAUAUGUUUGACUAUGAGUACUAUGACUUCAACGAUGCUGAUAUCGACCGCUUAGAUGAAGACGACGCAAUGUUUUUAUCUACAAAACAGGAACUUGAAGACAGAAAACGAUUUAGACUCUUGCGUGGUUUCUACAAACGUUGUCAUUGUAAAUUUAGUAACGAUGAUGAAGAAGAGGAUGGAGAUGAUAGAGAAAGUAUUGAAAACAACGAUAGAAAUAAUGAUAAUGAUUAUGAUGAAAAUAAUAAUAAUACUAAUAAUAAUAACAACAAUAGUAACAAUAAUAAUAAUUAUAAUGAUAAGAAUAGAAAUAAUAGAGAUAAUAGAAAUGGUGUGGAUCUUAAUGAUGACGAAGAGGACGAAAACGGAUUUACAUUAGAUGUUUUCAAGAGAAUUAUUGCUAGCGGCAAUAAAACACGUCUUACUCCGCGUCCAGAGAACCAGGAACAAGAACGGACUUCCGAAAACUCAGCUGUAUCUUCUGAAUCUCAGGGUCCUGGAAAACACUUAAAACAGAAUAUAGACGCUAGUCUCACCAAUCCACAUAUUAAUAGCAAAGGUGAAGACUGGAGAGAUAUCCCCCGUGGAUCAAACUUGUAUUAUAAUGAAAACUUUUCGUUCGCUACAAAAGUCUUAAAAGACGGUAUGUUAUGGGGCUUGAAAACCCUCUCUUUAGGAACCCUUCAAAAAGAUGAAAGUUUGGAGCUUAUUCGCGGUAUAGCAACGGUUGUAAGAGUUGAACAAGAACAACUUUUAGCCAAAAGAUUUGGAAAAACCAGUGAGUUUUUCGAUUCUACUGAAGUAGAAGUGACCUCUGAAGAGAUUAUAGAAGCAACAUUCAAAAAUGGCUCGAAAGAGAAUUUAUCAUUUAUACCCUGGAAUGAAUCCUUGGGCUGGAAGAUAUUGGAUGAAUUGCUAAUGAGCCAUAACCAUAGGAGGCUCCUCAUAUAUCGGUUGGCCCAUGCCCAUCAUUCGUACGAUUCAGUUCAUUAUAUAUAUGAGUUACUGUUUGGGCUACGUGGUAACACUCUUAAAAAAUACGAAUCGGAAUCAAGUAAAAACAAACAACUUGAUUUCGCUUCUGGAGUAAAUAUGGGGUCAUUUGACAGGUGCGCUGAUAUUGAAUUUUCAAGGCAAGGGGUUAUCCAACUAUCAAUGAUUGAAAAGAAAAUGUUAUUACAGGAGUUCUUCAUGACUAUUAUUCGGUCUGUACAUAAUGGUUGGAAACACGCUGAAAGUCAAGAUACCACUAUUCCGGCUGCUCAAAGGAUGGCUAAUAAGGAGUUUUUGGCCCCGGCUGUUUAUAUGAAAGCUUGUAUCCUAGGUAUGGUUAAGAUGGUUUGCUUUAUUCUUGAAGAACUGUUGAACGACAAAGAAUAUGAAUUUGUGGCUCAAGAGGACUAUGUGUUUGAAUUAGAAUCAUUUUUAACAACUUGGUCUUCUCUCUCUCCGGAGGCAUGCUCCGUAUAUUCCCUUUUAAAGGCUAAAAUGACUGGUAGAAGCCCUGGUAACAGUGAGAAGGAUGAUACAAGUGCUUUAGACUUGGAAGAAUACGAACAAUCUUUAUCAAUCGAUUUAAGUCGUGUGGAUUUAGACAGUGUCGAAACGGCAACAGGUUUGUCUGAUACUUAUAACUUUAAAGGUCGCACAAUUCCAAUGAAGUCUAUUGCUAAGCAAUUCUCAAGGAUACUUCCUGUAGAUUUUAUAGAGGGAAAGCCUGCGGAGAAAGUCUACAAGUAUCUCUCUAACACGUAUCCGUUGACUGCGAGUGCUCCAGUGUAUGGGAAAGAAGUUAUCGAAUAUCAUGAUGAGAUUUUACCUAUGGAUCCAAAAAAUGAUCAUUUACUAUACAGGGAAUUUUUAGCACUUUUCGGCAUCAACUACAUGGAUGUCUUAGAGUCCCAGCAGCAAGAGGCUGAAGAGGAAUCUGAUGACAUUAUUAUAUAG